UCCUCUCCUCUCUCUCUGUCUCACAGGGCCCCGAUGAGAGGGGGUGCAGUGGGAGGGAUCAGGUCUCGAAUCGGCCCCCCUCUGCAGACGACGCUGGGUGGGGGCAGAGGGAUGCCCCCCCUGAUUCACAGAGGAGGUGUGGGGGGGGGCUUUGACGCACGGCAGAAAAUUGGGGUGUCGGACGCUAGACUCCGACUAAGAGGGGGUGCAGCAGCUGGAGGCGCUCUCCCCCUCCCUAUGAAAGACGCUCGGGAGAAGCUGGGACAAAAAGACGCGAGAUUCCGAAUCCGAGGACAAAUCCAGGACGCCCGGCAGACCAUCAACUCGCGCAAGCAGGGGGGAGGGGCCGGCAAGCUGCUGGACGCCAGGGAUAGGCUGAGCCUGAAGAGGAGCGUUCCGAUGAGCCCGCCCUCCGCUCUGGGUUCCGCCAGCUCUCAGGCCACGCCCCCUGUGAAAAUCACCAAAACCAUACAGGUGAGG